ACAACGGUAGUAACUACAGUGCGACAGCAUCGAUAUCAACCCCCGCCCACUAAACUUAUAAGAUACAAAAGUAUCUUAAGGAAUUAACAAAAGCAAAUUUGGUAUAACACAUUUUCUUGAGUGCUGUGCGCGUAAUUAAUUUGGAUAUUUGCAUUGUAACCGAAACGGAUAUGAAUACGACCGGAUUAAUUAAAGCACAUAUUUGACACAGUCAGUGGUUGUGUGGUACGUUGCGGUGUAGUGCGGUGCUUGGUGUAUCAAAUAUAGUCGAAUCUAUAACAUAGAUACUUUUGUAUCUAGUGCGUGAUGUGAUAACAAAUAAUAACAGACAUAAAGCGAGAGAAAGAGAGUUACAAGCAGGUAUCAGCAGCUAUAGCCGCUCCGAAAGCUUGCCACCUUUUUGGAAACCAACCACCUCUAACUUUUGCUAUCAGCCCCCUUUAACUGCAAGAGAUAAAGGUUUACCUUUGUAUUCUUAUUUUCUUGCUUAUCGCAACUUUUCGAAAAUUAUUAAGUACCGGAGAAUUUAGGUCAUACAUAAGUUACGAACCGGGUCGGCAGCGCGGCGUGAUCAUGUUAUAAAAAAGUGCAUUUACAUAAAUCAAGACCUUGUUGAGUGAAAAUCAUCGGCUAGAACUAGGUGAACCAUCUUAAAAGAAGUCUCCAGAUUGCCGCUCUUAUCAAAACAACAGCUUCGAAAAUGGUUAGGGACAGAUUGCCCGAUCUAUUGCAGAGGUCGCUUCAAACCUCCAACGGAUCGCUGGACCAAGCUGUGAACAUGACUGAACUCAACACUAACGUCAAUGCAAUUCUUAACCCGUACACGGAGAUUCGUAUUCUUCUGGGUACGAUAGUUUCCAAUUUGGAAACCAUGAAUCGUAUGGUCCAAUCGAUAAAUAUUAGAAAUUUCAACGAAAAAGAACUAGAAGAAUUACGAAAUGAAAAUCUAAAAAUCGGUACACAACUUAUGAUGAAAUUUAAGGAUUUCAAAGCGAAUCUUCCACCUGAAGAUGACUACUGUCUGGAAGCCAGAAUGAAACGAACCCUAUUUUAUGGACUCCACCAAUCCUAUAUCAACAUUUGGACUCGCAAUGAAACUUUCCUGCAAUCGUACGAAGAUAAACUGAAGAAAAACCUUCAAUUGCAUUCCAAAAUCAUGAACUUUAAUUCUACAGAAGAAGAAGUCGAAGAACUAAUUGCCAAUAAAACAACAUCACUUUUUGUGGGAAAUAUUUUAGAAGAAACCGAAAAGGAAAGACGGACCCUGCGGGACUUGAUGGAUAGAUUUUCAGAGCUGAAGAAGCUCGAGAAGUCCUUGGAAGAUGUUCAUGCGUUAUUCGUCCGAAUACAGAACCUAGUAUUAGAGCAGAGUGAAACAAUCCAGCUGGUGGAAUAUCAUGCUCAGCAGGCAACACUGCACGUAGACAAAGGAGCUGAUGAACUUGAGCAAGCCCACGUUUUAAAGAAAAAGACUCGAAAAAAAAAAAUAAUACUUGUGGUGAUAUUGCUAACAAUUUUAUUAAUAUUGAUAUUAGUAGCAGUGUAUUAAUAUUAGAGUUCAUAGAAUAUGUUUUUCUAAUUUAAUUUUAGUUCGUGGGUUUUUUAGCCUUUGGCUCUAAAACACAAAUUUGUUAUUUUCAUUUAUAAAUAUAAAUAUAAUUUUAUAGAUACACAAAAGUAUUCUUAGAAUAGUAAAUUGUUUUGUUUUCAAAUUGGAAUGGAUAGAAAUAUUGAAUGAUUUGAAUUAAAAUUAGGAUAACAAUGUAGUUUUGCACUUAUUUUUUGUAAACACAUUUUAUUUAUAUAAAUAGUUGAAUAAUUCAAUUUUGUUACGUGUAUUAUUAAACUCAAGUUGGUUAUAUAGUUUAUAUAUUUUUAUAAUUGAAGUUUUUGCCAAAAACACACAAAGGUACCUAUUUAUUCCUUUUUAGACGUAUAAUAAAAAUUACAUUUUUGUUACCAAUUUUGUUAAUAAUAAAAUG